AUGGAGAAGGAUGGCGGCACGCCUCCCCCAAGGGGGGAGAUCAAGCUUCUUAAACUGAUUCCGGUGCUCCUUAAAGAAGCUUCACUUGAUUCGCCGAGUUUCAGAGCAACCGUGAAUUACUUCGAUCUGCAGCUAGAACGGACAGAAAAAUGGAUUAGAACUACGUCAGAAAUCACGAAAGGUAGAUACCACAACUCUUUGGACGAAUUCAAGCAAGUCAGUUUAUCGCUCAUUGACUUCAUUCUACCUGAAGAUACCUACCUCAACCAUGGGACAGUCGAAGAGCAGAUAUACACGCCAAAGUUAGUCUCCAAGUGCCGCGACGGCAUUCGGGAUAUGUUCCAUGGCGUGCUGGAAGUCAUACAGGGCAAUCCAGAGUUAUAUCUUUCCAUAUUACUCGAUGUUGUAAAAUCAGUAAUUGAUCCGUAUAAGGACGCGUGGAAGAACUUCGAAUAUUAUCAGUCCAAAUAUGAUGGAAUGCUGGCUAAAUACCAAGGGCUGCAGUGGACUGAAUCAACUCCACAUCGUAUAAGAGAUGAAGCUUUGCUCCUAUACGAUUACUACGACGGGUAUUUGGACGCCGCAUUGCAGUUAGUACUAGUUAUCUCAGACGUAAAAAUGAGAUAUGAUUCCUUAAUAUUCUCCCUCGCAACAUGCCUCCUCCCUGUUCAGGGAUCGUUAGUACCCAAGCCUACUUCAACGUACGAGAAGUGGGCUGCAUUCCACAAAAUGCACGAAAAAUGGAACAGAGAACGCAUGGAGAUAUAUUCACAGCUCCCACAAGAAAUAUAUGAAGUGAAGGACCAGAUACGUGAAUACAGGCUGUCACAUACGAAACCCUCUCCCGAUAUCAAUCACUAUGAUCUAAGACGUAUAAACUCAAAAAGAUUCGAAAUCCUGGAACCCCUACAAAAGCGUAAUAUCGAGGGAUGGUUAUGGAUGAAAACUAAAGUUGGUGCUCCAAGACGCGUAGUAUGGGUGAAAAGAUGGUGCUUUAUAUACAAUGGAAUAUUUGGUAUCCACCUCCUAUCACCUGAUAAAACUGCAGUCGAAGAAACGGACAGAUUUGGAGUAUUAUUACUCAGUGCCAUGCACCAUCCAGAAGAGGCACGUAAAUACUGCUUUCGAAUGACUAUCUCUUCUCCAUUAACUUCUUCACCUCAGGAAGAAUAUUCUAAUAAUUCUGGUACUUUAAUUUUCCAAGCAACCAGUUAUAAAGAGUUAACGGCAUGGAUUGGAGCCCUACAUGAAACUAAAGAACAUGUUAUUUCACAAGGGAAAACCUCAGCAGCUUACACAAGAGCUGCUCGUCGAUACCCCCCUUUGUUCACUGAGUUUGCUUGUAAGUCGAAAACUGAGAAGGAUAAAUUUCUAACCACUGAAAUAAGCCCCGUUAGAUCACUAGUGGAACUGGCCAGUAGGCCUAAUGAAGAUCAACAAAUCUCACAAUUGGACAAUUUUGGAACGCGCGCACCGAUUUUUACCUCUCUUACAAAGCUUUCAGUUAUUGCAAGUGCUUACACGAUUCCGGAUGAUGUUCCAAGUGCCAUUACUGCUAAUUUUUCGGGUACGAUACACUGGAAUGAAUGGUGUAUAUCUUCAAGGGGAACAGCCGAUUUAAAGGGGCCAAGUACUGACGACAGUCGAGAAGUUCUAAAUACUUGGGAACCAUUAUAUUGCCCUGAAAAUUUCCCCGCUGACUUGAAGACCGAUUCCUCCAUUCUUCGAAUGCUAUUCAUGGACAGUAAGACCCAGCCUAGUGUGGGAGAUCUUGUUUUAGAAUCAAUCACAUGCGUAUGGCAGGCUAACAAUAGGCAAAAAUUUUGGGGGACUGUAUAUGUCACAUCUGAUUGCCUAUAUUUUUAUAUGAACAUGGUUGGCUUUGUCUGCCUAUUUAGAAAAGCUCUUAGCCAAGUUAUUUCCAUUGAGCCCGACAUCGAUUUGUCUAACAACAAAAAUUCCGAGGGAAUCAUAAGGAUAUAUUGCAUGGAUGGGGCACCAUUGAAAUUGAUGGUAUUUUUCACUUCCGCGGAAGUAGUUGCUCAGAAACUACAACAUCUAAUAGAUAAUUUAGCCUCACAAACCCCUGUUGGAAUUUCAAAAGUCAUUGAAUCACUAAACAUUAUAGAUGAAAGACUAACGCACGAAGAGCACGCAAGAGUUAAUACACAAACACCAAAUAUAACCUCAAGGCCAGAAUGCGAUUUAUUUCACUAUUUAUCUACAGAUGUCAGAAAAUCAGUGAUCAGAAAGAAUGAAAUUUACAAAGAACCAGGUGUUUUUGUCUUUCGUCAUGAAUUCUGCAUAAGACCUAAAGGUCUCAUGCAUCUACUGUUUGGCGAUCAUUCUAAUCUAUUCUCUUCUUUUUUUUUACUCGCUAGGGGAAGUGACGAUACUCGCAUUCAGUCGCCUUGGAUGUUUGAAUCCGCUAAUGGGAACGAGAAGACGCUAGUGCGUACUAUCUCAUUUAAUUUAAAUCUCCAAAGAGGUUACGUCUCUUCGCCGGCGAAUGGGAGCAAUUCGCACCAGCAUCAAGCGUAUUUCACAGUGACACACAGAAUUGUAAAAAUGAUUGAUGAAAUAUAUUACGAAGUUGAUCAGGAGUCCGCGAUACUAGAUAUAUCAUUUACCAAGCCAUUCAAAGUACACGUAAAGUAUCUCAUAACUAGUUCAAAUUUACCCGGGAAUAGUCCUAACAAUUCGUCCCACCCAGAUGUCUCAACCAUGUCUAUCCAUUAUAAAGUUGAAUUUUUGAACAGAAAUACAAUGCAACCGACAGAUAAACUAGAUUUUCGAGACCAGAUCAUUAACAGGAUCGCAUCAUAUUUCUGUUACCAGGAGGCAUCGCUAAUCGAAAGCACUGUCAACAACUGCUUGAAGAGGUUUGGUAAGCAUGGGAAAUUUAUGAAAGCGCUACGAUUUGGAGGGAGAAUCGGUGUCUCUGCCUGCCUGCCAAACAAGAUAUCGGACGAUGUUUUGGUUAGCAAGAUUAGAUUGGCCAAGACAACCAUUUGCAAACUAGCAUUGAAAUGGGUAUUAUGGGAUAUCUUCAAUUGUUUCCGUUCUAUUCUGCACGCUGCAUUCAAACUGGUAUACGACACACUUACGACUGUCGCUUCCCUUAACCGUUUAGUCCUCUUCAUUUUGAUGUUAUCAAUCCUAGGUAACUUUUACUUGAUGGGUAAGACCGCUACAUCCUAUUGGUCUGCAAGAAAAGCAGCAUCCAUCAUCCACAAAUACACUUCGGUAAACGAUCAUCUCAUGCGUCGUGCAAUAUCAAUAAAUGAUCUAGACAUACUAACUAAUCAGUUGGCCACAGAUAAUCCUGCGCCGCUUGCCAAGUUCCUGGACAUUGCUGAGCGAUCUGAUCCAGGGUUACAGGCUAGACGUCAAAACCUUGCAAUAAGACGCAACAACUUGUUGGUUGAAUUAAAUAUCGUCAAAAUGGUUGAGCAAGAACUAAUCCGCGGAGGCUACAGGAAAUUCUUACUUGAGGAGUCGCGCGUGUGUAGCGAGUACGCUAGAGGUGCCGGCGACUCUUGGAGUAACCACCCAAGACUACAAGAAUACUGCAACAGUGUAGUCAGUGAAUUAGACAACAUUAGUUAG